GAACAGGAUACCGAACCAACUUCACGUCAUUUUCAGGUAAAAUGGUUUCGUUGAGAGAACUUUCGGAGCUACGAGGUAACCAGGGUGGAGACGGAGAAGAGGAGGGGGUUUUAUUGGUGGAGCCUAUCACGAUGAUAGUGCCGCCUGAGUUGCAGGAUUCGCAGGAAACAAUGGCGCCUGAGGGAAACGCCAGUUCGAGCGCUAGGGAUGACGGUGGCGACCACCAUGUUGCACCGUCGAGCAGCUCGUCCUCAGAAAAGACACCCAGCCACGAGGAAGGGAUGGGGGAUGUGGUUAGCCAUGUCUCAGAUCGGCCCAUGAUUGGUGAGUGGGAGAGCAGGACAAUCACGGGCAGGUUGGACAACCUGCGAAAGGCACCCAAGGACCUGCCCACUGGAUUUAGGUUCCGGGCCGCGCUUCAUCAUGAAGUAGCAGACUGCACGCCCUCAAUCAGCAGGUAUAGAAAAUUGGAGGAUAUAGUGAGGGCGUACCACAUUCCCCGGACAAUACUGUUACGAACAGGCGCACCAAAUGAGAGGGCUUGCAUGGUGUCACAGACGGGCUGGAUCCCAGUGUAUGUGGACCACUUUGAUGUUGGCCUGCGGUUUCCCCUGCCCGGAUUGGUGUUCGAUCUGCUGGCGGAUUACGAGCUGGCACUGACGCAGCUGACGCCCAACAGCAUAAGGUUUAUCAUUGGCUUUAUGCUGUUGUGUGAGCGAUUAGAGGUACCGGCCAAGGCGAUCGUGUUCAGGUCGCUGUUUCAAUGCCUGCUGUGUCCCAACUCCCGAGGCGCGAAGUGGCACUACCUCUCCGGGAGAGACAAGAGCCAGUUGUUCAAGAAUGUCCGGAACAAAGUGGCGAGGUGGAAGAGGCAAUUUAUAUUUGUUUGCGACACGCGAACGGAGAGGAUAAGCAACGACCUCGCUGCCUGGCUAUCCGAGUGGCGUGUGCCCAAUGCACACGUCAACUACCCUCAAUUACUGCCACGGGACACAGACCUCAAAAAUCAGCUACUGGACAAUGCGAGGAGGGAGAAUCUGAUAGAUCUAAACGCCCUGGUUACCUCGGAGCAGCUCACUGUGUUCAGGAGAAAUGAGCAGUAUAUUGGAGCGCCAACGUCAGCGAGCCCAGAGCUCCCGAGGUCCCGAGCCGGGCAGCACCUCGCAGAGACAAACGUGGUUCGACUAACGACCGCCAGCCGCGCCUCAAUCGCGCAGCUCGUCCCAGCGAGGGCGACUCGUCCUGCAACCAUGCGUUCACCCAAUGCGCCGUUAGCUACUACACGGGCAGCAGUUGAGCCUGCCACUACAUCAGCUUCGAUGUCGGACCCCAAGAUUGCUUAUCCUGAGGGCUUCAGCUAUGUGCGGGCGGAGUGCCAGCCCGCCAUGGUGCAAGGCAUGCACAGCUUUGUGCCCCCCAUGGAUAGUAAGCGGGCAAAAGCUUUUGUGCAGCAGCAUGGCGGCUACGCAGUAGCGCUGUACGAGAGCGAGCAGGGGGCUUGUACAGAGAACCGCGAGCUCGGCUCAAAGUGCAAACAGCUGGCCGCGGAGAAGGCUAGCCUUGUGGACGAUGUGAAUCGUCUGCAAGGCUCUGAAAUGGCGAACCGAGCUGCGGCUGCAGAGAGCCGAGCGGACGAGCUCGCCAAUAGGAUCAAUGAGCUCAAGGAGGAGCUAGAGCGAGCCCAUGCGGAGAGAGAAAGUGGGAUUCAAGCGGCAAAGGACGAGGCCGCUCGGGUUGAAGAGCGGGCCAAGAAGGCUGAGGACGAGAGGGACCGUGCUCAGACCGAGCUGGGUUCCCUGAGGUUCCAGGUCGCUGAGGCUGACAAGAACCUCAGCGCUACCGAAGAAGCACUGAACGCAUUGAAGGCAUCUCAUGCGCGCUCCAUUGGUAUUGCCCGAGCUCAAGGGGCAGAAUGGUUGGUUGGCUCGUCCACGUUCCAAGACGCACUGGCGGUGGCAUUUGCAAACGUAACCACGGAGAUCUACAAUGAGAUUCGUGGGAAGGUGCUGCACCACCGCCCAGAUUUUCCAAUUCGCGAGCUGGUGUUCUUUGACGAGGAGGAGCUUGACGACCAGGGUAAGAGCCUUGCUCCCCUUGCUGACACAACUGUGAGGCUGAGAUGGGAUUUAAACAAGGAGGGCGUGCCCGUCUGGCCACCGUCCGUGCUGGAGGACGGGGAAGAUCCAGCAGGGCUGCCCUCAUUUGACGCAUGGCCCACGGUGGUGCCAGCCAGCUCGCCCGUCCGUGCACCAGUUUCUGAGCGCGCAGCCCGGUCUCUUCCAGCUCACUCUCCUGCAGCUGCUGCUGAUGCAUCCAUGCCCGUCGACCUGACGGAUGACUAGACUUAGGGUUUUUUCUUUUUGUCUUUUGUAUUUUCUUUUGCUUACUUGUAUUGAUCAAUGACAUUAUAUGUCAUGUACCUCAACUGUAAAUGAUCAUUGAUGAAAUACAAAUUGAAUUCCCUU